AGCAUGGCUUCCCUUCCCAUCUUGACUGUUCUUGAACAGUCCGAUGUAUCGCCACCACCAGCCACCGUAGACGACAGAUCGCUGCCACUGACUUUCUUCGACAUCUCAUGGCUACCCUUCCAUCCAGUUCACCAUCUCUUCUUCUAUGACCUCCCCAUCACUAAAACCCAUUUCAUUGAAACUGUCAUUCCCAAUCUUAAACGAUCCUUAUCAAUCACCCUUCAACAUUUUUUCCCAUUUGCGGGGAACUUGAUCGUAUUUCCUACUCCUACACGAAAACCUGAAAUCCGUUAUCUUGAAGGUGACUCGGUUGCGCUCACGGUCGCAGACUGUACUCUUGAGUUCAACGAUCUUACGGGAAACCAUCCUCGAGACUGUGAUAAGUUUUAUCAUCUUAUACCUCAACUGCCAAAAGCUGCUAAAGGACCCGAUCAUGUAACAAUCCCGGUUUUCGCGGUUCAAGUGACGUUAUUUCCUGACUGUGGGAUCUCUAUCGGAAUGACCAAUCACCAUUUCCUUGCUGAUGCUAGCACUCGAUUUUAUUUCUUGAAGGCAUGGACAUCGUUCGCUAGAUGUGGUUCAGACGAGUCGUUUCUAGCCAAUGGAACUUUGCCUUUUUUUGAUCGAGUGGUGAAUUACCCGAAACUAGAUGAAAGCUAUCUAAAGAACGCAAAGGUUGAAACUUUUUGCGAAGGGUAUCAACCUCAGAGCCUUUCAGGACCAACCGAUAAAGUUCGUGUCACGUUGAUCUUGACACGAACUGUUAUCGAUAGAUUGAAGAAAUGGGUUUCUACCCAACUGCCAACAUUAGCAUAUGUAUCAUCUUUUACUGUAGCAUGUGGUUAUUUCUGGAGUUGCAUUGCGAAAUCACGAAACGAUGAGCUACAACUAUUUGGUUUCACCAUAAAUUGUAGAGCACGUAUGGAUCCACCGCUGCCCGCAGCCUAUUUCGGGAACUGUGUCGUGCCGUGUAUCGCGAUGGCAAAAACCGCACUUUUGAUGAACGGAAAGGAAGGAUUCUUGACUGCUGCUAAAUUGCUCGGAGAGAAUCUGCAUAAGAUCUUGACCGAUAAAGAUGGAGUCGUGAAAGAUAUAGGGCCGUUGGACGAGCUACUGUCGCAAGGCAUGCCAACGACAAUUAUCGGGGUUGCCGGGACACCAAGGCUCCACUUUUACGACUUGGAUUUCGGAUGGGGGAAACCGAGAAAGCACGAAACGAUUUCGAUAGAUUAUAAUGAUUCGAUAUCUCUGAGUGCCUGCAAAGAAUCGACCGAGGAUCUGGAGAUCGGUGUGUCCCUUUCGGCUACGGAGAUGGAGGCUUUCGUUAAUAUCUUUCAUGGUGGAUUGGAAGCCUACCUUUAG